UGCAGUAGCUAUCUCAUGAUACGCUCUAGCGACUCCAAUAAGCGAGGUUGUCUGGUGUAGGAAUAGCUAAAGAAGAUGAACUUCCAGACCCUCAUUUUCUAAUUUAUGAUUAAUGAAAAGCCAACCUAAUCUAUCUGACGUCCUGCUGUCUGGACAGAAUGUCUGCGGGUAGCUUGGACCUUGCAGAGGGAAAUGCCCUGACCAAGUUACAGCCUACAAAAGUGAACAAUUUAAGUAUGAUGGACAAAAAACUGUAUCUCUUGAAUGAAAAGAUGGACAAACUGUUGCAUUUCCAAGAAGAUCUGACAGGCAAACUGCAGCAAGUUAACAAAGGCAUUGAUGAUGUAGAAAAAGGCAUUAACAAGUUAACAGUGUCCCGAGCAGCUCCUGAUGAGACAGAUGCAAUGAAAAAAGGCCUAAAGGUAUCGGACAAUGCUCACCAGACUGAUGUCCAGAGCAUGUGCUCAGAAGUGCUGAAACUGAUGAAGGCUGCCCAGCUAGAUGCCUCCAAGCAUAAGGAAAGGCUGGCAAAGAUAGAGAAAAGGGUUGAUACACUGGAUAAAGUUAUUACGUUUGUGGGAGAAGUAUUAAAAAAUUCUAAAGUAGUGGAUUUUAUUCUCAAAGGCAUUGUGCCCUGGAAGAAGGGGAGUCUGCUGGAAAUCCUUGUUGAGGAUUUUGCAAGAAUAAUGCUCCCCCUGGUCAUUGUUGCAGGUUUGCUUAGAGCUGUAAUAAAAAUGGCCAAAGAUAAACCUGAGGAGAGUGGUGCAAAACCUAAGCAUGUGCUUAGUAACAGAGGAACCCAAACUGAAAGCAAGAAGCCUCUGGAAGAGACAAAAAGUGGGAAAAAGCUGGAUGAAAACAAAGGAGCAUGUGAGAAGGUGAACACUUCUAGUGCUGGAGCCCACAAAGCUGACUCCAAACCCCAAGUUAAAGAGAGGACAGCGCAGCAGCAAGCUGUAGAAGGUGCUGGCAAAACACACAGCUCUAAGAGCUGUCAACAGCAAAAGGACGUUGGUGUCAAAGCUUUGAAUCAACACAAUGGUCUUCCCUUCGUAAAUCAAGAUCAUGUAGGCAACCAAAAUGUUCCUGCUAAAGCACACGAUAUGGACAGAGCCCCGCGCCUGGAUGAGUGCCAUGGGCAGCUUGUUCACCAGAAACUCAGAGAGAAUGAAAACAAACCUCCAUCAUCAAGUGCAGCGUCCCGGGAAGCUGUGCCCUCCACAUCCCAGGCUAUAUCUGGCACAGGGUGUGAGGUGACACAUACCAGGAUAUCCAUCAAUGUACAUAUGACUGAAAUGAAAGAAAAGAUUGAGAUAACCAAGGAAGGAAACUUAAAUGAUCACAGAGGUAAAAGCCCCAAAGUAAAAUCUGUAUCCUCCACACCAGCAGAAGUGGAAGGAGUCGAACAGCCGCCUGACAAAUUAAAACUUCAACAGAGUCCUAAAAACAUCAGCACGGAGCCAAAUCCAGAAGUGAAAGGGGACAAUAAGCCAAAUGAACUUGCACCUCAGACAGGGAAGCAACAGCCAUUACUGAGCAAGCCCAAACCAGGGCAAAAGGCCGAAGAGAACUCAGAAUUGAAAUGCAAGCCCGUAACCUCACAGAAUGCCUCUGCAAAGGAGCCUACAAAAGACCUGGGAGUAGAAGCAAAAAACCAUCAAGAAACUGCAAAAGCAGAAGAAUCCCUGAGGGAUACCAAUUCUGAGAGGAGAGAAUCUGAGUCUGCGUCUUCAGCGGGAAGUGAAAACGAUGCCCAUCAGUGUGCAGGAACGGCACCAGAGAAGGACAAGCCACUGGAAGCCAGCAAAGAGCUUCCCUCCCAGGAGGAAAUGGUCAUCGAUGACAGCCCUUCUCCACCGGCUCCUUUCGAACACCGCAUAGUGAGCGUCAAGCAAACGGAGGUGACAACGUGCUACUCGGUGUGUCGCCACCAAGUGCUGGGGGGGGGGCGUUUUGGGCAAGUUCACAAGUGCACGGAAAUAUCGACUGGCCUCAACCUGGCAGCCAAAAUCAUAAAAGUGAAAGGAGCGAAGGAGAGGGAAGAAGUAAAAAAUGAAAUUAACAUCAUGAACCAAUUAAACCAUGUGAAUCUCAUCCAGCUUUAUGAUGCAUUUGAAGCCAAAAAUAAUAUCACUUUGAUCAUGGAAUAUCUUGAUGGUGGUGAAUUAUUUGACCGGAUCACAGAUGAAAACUACAAUCUAACUGAGUUGGACGCAAUCCUGUUCACCAAACAGAUUUGUGAAGGAGUCCACUACUUGCACCAGCAUUAUAUUCUGCAUUUAGAUCUGAAGCCUGAAAACAUACUAUGUGUAAACCACACAGGAAACCAGAUUAAAAUUAUUGAUUUUGGAUUAGCAAGGAGGUACAAACCUCGUGAGAAACUGAAGGUUAAUUUUGGGACUCCGGAGUUCUUGGCUCCUGAAGUGGUGAACUACGACUUCGUUUCCUUCCCAACAGACAUGUGGAGUGUAGGCGUCAUCACAUACAUGUUGCUCAGUGGCCUGUCCCCAUUCCUGGGAGAAACAGACGCGGAGACGAUGAAUUAUGUAGUCAAUUGCAACUGGGAUUUUGAUGCAGAAGCAUUUGAACAGCUAUCAGAGGAAGCUAAAGACUUCAUUUCCAGAUUACUUGUGAAAGAGAAAAGCUGCCGGAUGAGUGCAACGCAGUGUCUGAAGCACGAGUGGUUAAACAACCUGCCUGCCAAAGCCAAGAAGUUCAAGCUUCGUCUGAGGUCCCAGUUGUUGCUGCAGAGUUACCUGACUCACAGAAAAUGGAAGAAACAUUUUUAUGUGGUGGCUGCUGCUAACAGGCUGAAGAGAUUUCAGAGUACAUCUGUCAAGCUUGAAUGAGCUUGUAUGAAGCAUUGACCACUCCUGGAGAUGGACAUGAAGCCAUGGGACUCAGUAUCUUCAAUAAUUUUCUAUGCUUUUGGUUUUACAACAUAAGGUUUUGGGUCUAUCCUCCUCAAAUACUAUGUGUGUUAGUGUUAAGGUUCCAGAAGUGCCUCAAGGCAGAGGCACUGGAAUAAUUUCUAAAAGCAGAAGCUACCUUGUUUGUUUUUACAAGCUUUCAGUUGUUGUACACAGUGAUGGAAAGACAUGGUUGUUAUUGCUGAUUUCUCGCUGAAGGCCUUGAUUCUGCCGAGUGUUGUUGGUGUGUUUACACCAGAAAACAUCAUCCCAGUUUCCUGGUUUCUCACACUAAGGAUGGGAUCUCUAAAGACUUUCUUCAUGACUGUACGUCAUCAGUUUUAGAGCACUGCCACAACAGUGGCAUGAUUUUCCCCUUGGGUGUUUGUUACUUAAAACAAAAGGUAUCGGAUAUCCUUUUCUUCUAUAUUUUUCCCAGAAAGAUUAGGUUUUUUUCCUCCAAACAUGAUGAUUCAGUGCAACUACUCAAAGUGGAAUGGUUUUGGUUUGUUGACUUUUUUAUUCUACCCUCUCCUUUAAAAAAGUCACUGCAUAGUUAGGAAAUACAAGGAAUCCUGGUUUGAAGCAACUUAAGUCUGUCGUUGUCGAUCCAUUGCUGCUUUUUCUAAGGGUAAGUUGAAUUUAGCUGAAUUAAUUGAACUUCUGGAAGAAAACAGCUGAAAUAGCCACAAAUAAAAAUUGCAUAAUGACUGUUGAGCCUGUGGAUAAAGAUUUUUGUGUUGUCCAGAAAGAAUAGGUUUCCCAAUGUAAGUGCUUCUCAUUGACUGUGACUGCAGCCCUUUUCUUAAGUUUUAAUUAGGGGAUUUUAUUUUCCUGACAAUUUUAAUGAAGUCUGAGAAGUUGAUAUGGUGUGAUAUGCAAAAUAGGUUUUAUUGCUGUUGAGUGGCAGGGAAAUAGUGCAUUGGCAGGCUCUCCCUAUAGCUCUGGGAGGAUGCUGAAGCCCUUUUUUCCUCCACUUUGCUCUUAAACGUUAAAUGUUUUCUUCACGAUACUAACUUAUUUUGGAUUUUAAACUUUUUCCUGAUGUAUAAAGAGUUGGAGCCACUUACAAUAUCUCAGCUAAAAGUAUUAACAUUAUUUAUUAAACCUGUGAUUUCCUUCAUUCCUGUUCUAGAUUCUGCAAUACUCAGUGUGAGUUGGAUGGGCUCUGAGGAAAAACUAAUACCAGUAAAACUAGCUUUGCAGCAAAGGCAGCAAACCACUGCAAAGCUCUCUCUAACUUUAUGGACUUUCACGUCUCUUGAAUUAGCAGAUGUGUUGGUUGCUAAUAAAGAGGUUUGUAAGAGUGGCUUCCCCUGGUCUUAGUUAUCUUUUCCACUGUAGUGCUUCUCUCUUUUUGUAGCCCUGAGUCCUGGACUUCUGCAGCACUUCCAGAAUUCAGACAAAGAAUUAUUAAAAUCAAGUGAAAUAAUCUUGACAAUGUAUCACCUUCUGUGAAGGCCCACUUUUGUUCGUGUUUUCCUUCCACAGUGGUUCUGCAUGCUAAAUGUGAUUAUAUUAAUUGGUCUGUAUAUUUCUGAAUUAAUACUAAUAAAUUCCAUUAAAGUGGAAGAACAA